AUGACGCCCACGUACGGGGAGGGUCACGUGGUGGAGAAGAUCUUGUGUACCUUUGUCGGAAUCGCCCUUGCUGGCAACUUGGGCGGUGGCGGCGGUUUUGGUGGCGGUGGUUUCGGUGGCGGCCACGGUGGCGGCGGCGGAGGACAUGGCGGCGGCGGUGGAGGAGGCUCAGUCAGUACCUCAGUGGUAGAAAUCAAGAGCCUCGGCUCUUCUGGAGGAGGAGGUGGAGGCCAUGGCGGCGGACUUGGUGGAGGCCACGGUGGCGGAUUUGGUGGUGGAGGCUUCGGCGGCGGUAUUGGCCUUGGUGGCGGAGGCCUCGGUGGAGGCUUCGGCGGUGGCCACGGAGGCGGCGGCGGAGGAGGAGGAGGAGUCAGAGGCGGAGGCCACGGCGGUGGUCUCGGCGGUGGUCUCGGCCUUGGUGGUGGUCUUGGAGGCGGCGGCUUUGGCGGAGGUCACGGUGGUGGACUCGGAGGCGGUCAUGGUGGAGGCCACGGCGGUGGAGGAUCCACAAGUGCUACCUACCACGUCACUGUCAAGGGAGGCGGCGGCGGCGGUGGUGGCGGCGGAGGCCACGGUGGUGGCGGAUACGGCGGCGGCGGUCACGGAGGUGGCGGCGGCGGCGGCGGCGGAGGAUGGUGGUAG